GUCAAAUCUCAGUUGUCUAUGGACCCUAUUGAUUGGUCGACGAGGAGAUGUAAAAAAUGGCUGCCUUGCCUUCUCCUACUCAGGUGGCAGGGACCCACAGUUCUAUAUACGAAGCAUACUAUCAUCAAGUGGACCCAAAUGGCACGGGCGCCAUCCAGGCGCUGGACGCCGCGCGCUUCCUCAAGAAGUCCCGCCUCAGCGAUGUGGUGCUCAGCAAGAUAUGGGACCUCUCCGACCCCACCGGCAAGGGAUAUCUGGAUAAAGCGGGGCUGUUCGUGGCGCUGAAGCUGGUGGCGCUGGCGCAGGCCGGCAAGGACAUCAACAUGAGCAACAUACACUCCGAAACGCCGCCGCCCAAAGUCGGCGAGCUGCCGAAGGUGCCGCCGCCGUCCGCACCGCCCGCCACAGCGCCGCUGAGCGACUGGAGCGUGAAGCCGGCCGAGCGCGAUAAGUACAGCCAGCUGUUCGACUCGCUGCAGCCCAGCAAUGGGCUCAUACCCGGGAACAAGGUCAAAGGCGUGUUGAUGGAAUCCAAGCUACCGCUAGAGACUUUGGGCAAGAUCUGGGACUUGGCCGAUCAGGACAAAGACGGCAUGCUGGACAGACAUGAGUUCAUAGUGGCAAUGCACCUAGUAUACAAGGCUCUAGAGAAGCACGCGGUGCCCACCACGCUGCCGCCCGAGCUGCGCGCGCGGCCCGCCCGCCCGCCGUCCCGCCCGCCGUCCCGCCCGCCAUCGCGCCCGCCGUCCCGCCCGCCCUCGCCGCAGGUGCGCCCGCCGCCGCCGCGCCCCGUGCCGCCGCCGCAGCAGCCGCAGUCCAAUGCUUCGCUGCUCGAGGGCCUGCUGGACCUGUCUAGUCCUCCCGGUCCGAUGCCCGCGCCGGCGCAGGCGCCAUGGAUGACCAGCGCCGAGCGCGCCAAAUACGACGCGCAGUUCGCGGCCGCCGACACGGACAUGGACGGGUUCGUGUCGGGCGCGGAGAUACGCGACGUGUUCCUCAACAGCGGCCUGCAGCAGGGCACGCUGGCGCAGAUCUGGGCUCUGUGCGACACGCAGAGCGCGGGCAAGCUGUCGCGGGACCAGUUCGCGGCGGCCAUGUGCCUGGUGGCGCGCGCGCUGCGCGGCGUGCCCCCGCCGGCCUCGCUGCCGCCCGAGCUGCUCGCCCAGCCGGCGCAGCCGCCGCCGCAGCCGGAAAAAAUCCUUGACGCCCCGAUGAAGCCGGAGCCGGUGAGCCUGGGCCCGCAGCCGACGCCCGAGAUGGACGCCAUCGCGCGCGAGGUGGACGCGCUGGCACGAGAGCGACUGGCACUGGAGGCAGAGCUGGCAGCCAAGCAGAGAGAGGUCACUGUCAAGACUGGCGAGGCAGACAGUCUACAGAGUGAAUUGGACACUUUAACGGCUACAUUAAAACAGUUAGAAAACCAAAAGGGCGAGGCGCAGAAAAGGUUAAACGAUUUAAAAACACAAGUGGACAAACUCCGGUCGCAAGUGUCGGCGCAGGAGGCCGCCGCGGCCGAGACGGAGGCCGAGGUGGCGGCUCGGCGUGCGGCCGCCAACACGCUGAAGGAGAAGGAGCGCGCGCUGCAGGCCGAGGCCGCGGACGCGGAGGCCGAGGCCGACGCGUUGACGGCGCAGCUCAGCAAAACAUUCCUCGCCGUCAGCCAAGUGAAACUCAAGAUAAGCCACCUGGAGGAGCAGCACCAGUCGCUGACGGCGGCGGCGGAGCAGCUGGCGGCGGGCGGCGCGGGCGCGGCCGGCGUGCUGGCGCUGCAGCCGCUGCACUCGGAGCAGCACCUGCAGCAGCUGGUGCGCGGCAGCACGCCCAGCGACGCCGUCGACGACGAUUCAUUCUCAAAAAACGAGUUCGGAGCUAUGAAUGGGGGUAGCGGGUUCACUUCUGAUCCGUUCAAGGACUCCGGAUUCUCGAACAUGCCCAACAGCGACCCCUUCGCGCCUUCUUCUGGGAACAUACAUUCUGCUAAGGAUGCGUUCGGCAACGACGCGUUCGCAUCGAACGCGGACCCGUUUGCCGGAGACGCGUUCGCGCCCGCCGAGCCCGCCAAGCCUGCGGACGGCGCGUGGGAUUCUGACCCCUUCGCGGUGCUACACGCGCCGACGAGGAGCUCCGUGGCGGCCAGCGCGGCGCCCGAGAAGCGUCACAAGACGCCGCCCCCGCGCCCCGCACCGCCGCGCCCCAACCCGCCGCAUAAGAACUCCCGCAAACCCGCCCUCGACUUCACGGAGGACCCCUUCAAAGACUACCGAUACGAGGACCCGUUCAACAUCGAAGACCCCUUCGCGGACGUCACAGACGCGAAGAAGGUCGACCCCUUCGCGAGAUCCACCUCGGCAGCCGGUUUUGUUACCGAAGACUUCUUCAACCCGUCUUCGGCCGUCAACGGUAUACCCAAGCCGGAGAGGAAUAGUGGCAGAGCUUCCGCGCCGCCCGCCCACUUUGACCCUUUUACGGCCAAGUCCAACAACAAUGACACGUGGGCCGCCUGGCCGACGGACAACUGGGCGAUGGACGAGGCGUGGGCCAAGCCGACGGACGACGCGUGGACGACGACCAACACGUCCAAAACGUCGAACACUUCCAACUCGUCCAGAGGCUUCAACGACUGGAAGACCGACAACUGGGCCAACAAGAGUGACCAUCUAACCAACAAAACCGACAAUUGGGCGACCGAUUGGGACUCUAACGCCAACACGACGAAUAAGAACCUCAACGAAACGUGGCCGACGAACACUCUGCCGAAUAAAAAGGAGAAGUCGCCGAAGCCGGUCAAAUACGCCAGAUCUUUGGUCCACACUAUCGGAGGUAUAGGAAGAACGAAACACAACAAGGACAAGAAAGCCAAGCCGACUGAGGCAAAGAGUUCUGAAUUCCUCCCUUCAGAGGAACAACAGUGGGCCUGGGCGGCGUCCGAGUCCAAACGCUUGAACGAAGAAGCCGAGGCCAGAAGGAGGCAGGAGGACGCAGAAUUGCAGCUAGCUUUAGCUAUAUCGCGACAAGAGAAGUGACACAAGACUUCUCUGUUCUCGAUCAGGAGACAAAAUGGCGCCUAGGGCGUGUCCACACAGAUAUAUGAGUAUAGCUGUUGCCUGUGAACAUGGGUGAUGUGAUUAUAUAGUGCACGAUGAAUCUUGCCGUAAGUUUUUUUUCGCUGAGCCUUGAUUAAUCACUUCGGAGAAAAUGUUCACUGAUAUAUCAUUGAUUUUAUGUAUAUUACUGUGUGAUCGACUCAUGUGUGAUUCUGGUGGUUAUGACAGAUUUGUUGAUCCAUUUCAUUCUAUUUUGUCGAUUUGAUUAUGUGAAAGUAAUCCGCUAGUCAUAGUGAUUCGUAUAGAGGUAUUUUCAAGAACAAAACUAUUUGAGCGAUUUUAAUUUAGAGAUAGAUAGAGAAGAAUGUAACUUUCACUAAAAUAUUGGAAGGAAAUAAAUGUCAAAGUGUUGUUUUGUCCUUUUGAAGUUUAAUAAUAAAUUAUUAUUUACAAUAAUGGCCUAAUCUUUUGUAAUAUAACUUAUGUACAGUAUUGUUAUUUUUAUUUUUAAAUUACCAUUACCAUUUGUUUUAGUUUGAACAAAAUUGUUUUGGCAAAGAUGAUGGUCAAUUCUCUAUUAUUCCUGUACCGUAUACCAAAUACAGAAUAAUACACUUCAUUUGUUUUAAAUAAACAAAUGUUCACUGCUACCAUAUUAUAUAAAAAUGUUGAAAACAUGUUAGAAACGUAUUCCUAACUCUGAUUGGCGGUUUAACUAUUUAUUUAAUGUCUAAACGAAAUAUAGGUUUAUUUAUUUAUAUAAAUAUUUACUAAAACAUGAAAAAUUACCAGUUAUAAGACAUGCCAGACAGCAUGCUUUUGAAAUCUCUUAUUUCGACCAGCAAAAAAAAUAUUUAUUUUAAGAUUUUGAAUGAAAGCAUUUUAAUAUUAGUUCUAUGGUAUUUUACUGCAUUUGUAAAAUUUAUAUUAUUGAGGAAUAUAUUAAUUUCAUUAUUUCGUUUAGUUGUAUUUGUGACAGUGAAUAACCCCCACCCCAUUAUAUUUAAUACAAACAGAUGCUAAAUUGCUAGAAAGUAUAAAUGAUAUAAAAUACGUAUUGUAUAAUGUAUUUGUAUAUAUUAUAGUUUUUAAAUUCAUGUUUCGUUAAAAAUUAAUAAUAAUGUGUGAAAUAAUUUAUAGAAAUAUAAAGAAAAUAAAAAUAUGCUCUUUAUGGUGUCAGUGAA